CUCACUCAUCACUGCACUCUGCUGGUGCGCAGUGUAUAUAAGUAUAUAAUGCAGCCUUAAGUGGAAAGAUUGGCGAACGAAAGAAUGAUUCAACCCUUGUUUUUCACGAUUCUGUCACUAGCUGUGCGAUCUUAUGCACAAAUUGAAGGAAUUUCGUGUCUGCAACAAAUCAGUGGCCAACCACCGACAAUAUGGGAGAAUUGUGAGUAUUGCUUGGGUAUGUUGCCUCUUCUUGAAAUGAUAUGGAAUCCUUGUGUACCGCGUAGCCGAGGAAUUCAGCAAAAACAAGUGGCGGUGAGUGUCCACUUUCUAAUACUAUAAGAAUAAUUGCCCAAACAUUUCUAACGUUUACCGUUUUGAAAUUACAGAUGUAAGUCUUUGGAAAUUUGAAGCAUUUUUCAUAAAGCUUACAGAUGUUACGAUGGUGACGACAGAAGUCAUGUACUUAACCCACAAGACGAUUGCAGAUACUGCAAGGUUAUAAAAGACAAGUUCGGCUUCGGACUCGACCAAUACACAUGCAGGAGAAAGAACUGCCAGGAAGACACUGACAAAGAAGUAUGCUGCGAUGGUGACCUAUGCAACUUUUCCUUUCCUUAUGCCGAGGUCAACCGCGUAGAUAUUGUUAGCGAAGAAGAGGCAAACGAGUUCAUCCACUCAUUUUAUACAACAACAACUAAAGAAACUACAACUACAACUCCAUCUACGACCCCAACGACACAAAGUACAACAAGAACCACAGAAAUCAAUAAAACGGAACAUGCUACCCAGGCAAUGGUGAGCACCGUCGGCGAAACUGGCAAUAAGACGCAAGGAGAAUCAGUGGCUUCAAACAACACGGGCUCAGGAAUGUCGCCAAGUCCACCCGAGUCCGAAACUAACUAAAACACUUCAGGUCUUCCAACUGGUCAUUCGGAAUCACCAUCCAUUUCCUAAUUUAUCCAUCUAACAAUUUAUGCCAUGCUGAGUAUUCGGAAUAUUUUAGAAAUUUUUUUCACAACUUUUUUCUCCCCUUUCACUUGGGGUAACUUCACAUUUGGUUUUACGACCUUAUGAAUAAUGACGUUGGGAUUUGAUCACUCACCCAAUAACACAUUGUUUCUUGCAGUACUUUUUGUGAUCGUCAUGUGAUCGACAUAACUUAUAUGCUGUAAUUUUGUUACCCAUUCGGUUUAAGCCGUGAAAGUUGCAUAAACUUAUCGAGAAUAAAGUUAUUCUUCUUUGA